AUGAAGCUCAAACACCUCGAGUCGCUUCUUCAGGACAUCGAGCCGUUCCGCGACCCCAACGUGCACCUGGAGCAGUACCCCACGGGCGCGCAUCUCGCCGCGUGCGUCCUCCACGCCGCGGCCGAGCGCGACGACGUCGACGGCCGCGUCGUCGUCGACCUGGGCGUCGGCGGCGGCGUCCUCGGCAUCGCGGCGUCGAUGAUGGGCGCGAAGCGCGUCGUCGGCGUGGACGUGGACCCCGCCGCGAUCGAGCUCGCGCGCGAGAACUGCGACGCGUUCGACCCGCCGAUCGAGAUCGAGCUCAGGUUGGGGAAGACCGCGACGCCGUCGUCGUCGGACGCGUCCGAUCCGAACCGCGCGCUGCGCGCGGACACGGUCGUGAUGAACCCACCGUUCGGGACGCGACGCAAGGGCGCGGACAUGGGGUUCCUGCGCGCCGCGCUCGGCGUGACGCGGCGGGGCGGCGCGGUGUACAGCUUGCACAAGUCGUCCACGCGCGCGCACGUGGAGAGACACGCGCUCGUCGUCUUGCGCGCAAAGUCCGCGGAGGUGCUCGCGGAGCUGCGGUACGAGCUCCCGAGGGUGUAUUCGCAUCACAGGAGAGACGCGGUGGACAUCGAGGUGGACCUGUGGCGGUUCGAGCCGCCGGAGGAC